AUGCCAGCAAGCCAGCCGCGUUCGGCCAGGCAGGCCAACGCCGAGUCGGACGUCUACAGCUUCGGCGUCGUCCUCCUAGAGAUCGCUUGCGGCCAACGGCCCCUGGUGCGUCGCCACGAGGAAGAAGACGUGAUCCACAUCGUGCAGUGGGUGUGGGAAUGGCACGGCAGAGGAGCCAUCCUUGACGCCGCAGACGGACGGCUGAAGGGCGAAUUCGACGCUCGUGAGAUGUAG